UGCUAUGUGCACUCACUGCGGUAGGGGGCAGUAUGUGUGCACUCGGUCUGUGUCUGACCGUAGUUGGAAUUGCGAAGAAUAAGAAACAACACCGUGUCUGGUUUCCGAUUUAAAAAUUGAUCUUCAGUCCACAGAGGAAACAGAAGCAUAAUAUUUCAAAAUUUUUUAGAAUUAAUGUACAAUGGAUGGUAAUCAGGGUGAUGCUGAGGAUGAACUUCCAUCACUGCUGUGGGGAUUGGACCCUGUGUUUUCUGCCUAUGCCCAGCUUUACAUUAAAGACAUCCUACAGAUGAGAGAGUCUCAACAAGUUCCAGGAAUCUACUUCUAUAAAACUCACCCGCUGUUCCAAGUGGAUGUACUGGGAACUGUGGUGUACAGGAAGGAGAGAGAUGACUUUUAUUGUUAUGGAGUGGAUGACAGUACUGGAGUCAUCAACUGUCUCUGCUGGAAAGAUGAGAAUUUGCAAGAUCUUAGAGACUCAUUAACAGGAGAUAAAGACCCUACUGGAGAUGGUUUUAACAUAGAGGAGCAGCUGAGGAAGCUCCUGGAGGCACAACGAAUCAGCACAGUGGUGGAGAUUGGAGAUCUGCUUCGAGUUCGCGGAUCCCUUAAAACCUCGCGAGAGCAGAGAGAGAUCACGGCCUCCUUGUUUUAUAAAGUGAAUGAUCCUGUGAUGAGCAUGCAGAUCUCCCGGAUGUUGGAGAUGCCCCAGCUUUACAGAGACUGCUAUGACAAACCAUUCCAUGUCCCAUCCACUGAGCUUAGUGCAAGCUCUACUGACCCCUCAAGUUUCCAGUGUAUUCUGGCUCAGGCUGUGUACAUUUUGAAGGAGUUCCUAAAAGAGAAGGAGGUGACCAGGUUUCGACCCUAUGAUGUUGAGUACCUUUUACACCCUCUGAUCCAACAGCCUUCUACAGACACGUCAGAGGAACAGGAGCCUGGUUCUCUUCAGUCGACGGUUCCUUCACAGAUCAGGAACCUUCUCAAAGAGACACUGAAGAUUUUGCAGGUGGAGGGAGAGAUAUUCCGCAAAGUACUGUCUCAGGAUGAGGUGUACAAUGUAACUGAACAUGACAAAGAUCUGCUUGCAGCGAUUUGUGACAUCUUGAGAGAGGAUUGCAAAGUAGAGAAAUAUGCUGAGAAGGGUUGCCAUGUGCUUCAUAUCUUGUCCAGUGUGAGGCAGCGUUAUAGCCGUAACCUGAACAAAGAGGCCCUGGAUGUGGUGCUAAAGUUCUUGGAGUGUAACAGUGAAAUUAUCAGUACAUCAGAUGCCCAUUACACUAUUUUAUAAUAUCAGAGUUCUGGGAAAUGUUCACGCCAGAAAUCUUAAUUAUAUCCAAUUAGAGAAAAGUCUAUAGAGUGUCUUAAAGUGUCUGGUUCAGUCUUUAUUGGGCUGUGUAAGUGCUUGCUGUGUGUGGAUGAUAUGCUGUUGAUCGAUUUGCUACAGAGAGCAAUCUGUCAAUGUACAUGCUGUGAUUUUUCUAAAUUGGAUUGUAAACAUGUUCAAUUUAUGCUUAUUUAAGACAGCAUUUAAUUCAAUCUAUAGAACAAAAUCUACACACCUUUAUAUAUCAGUUCUCUAUAUAUUAUGCCCUGCAGUAAAAUAAAGAAAGGAAAUAUUUUUGUGAUUAAAAAAGAUAUUUGGUAUUAAAGUGUAUCUUUUAGUUGUAAAAUUAUGAUGAUGCACCAGAGUUUGUUUUUGCAAUAAUUAUUGUUAUUUAAAAGUUUAGUUAUUUAGGUUUGAGAAGAGCUUUUACAAAGAUAAUACAGUGGUAUUGUUAGUCAUAAGACAACAUCGCAAUACUUGUUUUUCUUCACAUUUUAAAGAACGAGUCUUAAAAUAUGGUAGGAAACGUGUGUAACAUUUUUCCAAUCACUAACUACUUCAUCGACUAUGAAAGAAUGUGUACACCGCAUGAGUGGAGAUUAUUCCGCUGAAACAUGGCCACAGGGGGGCGCCAUGACCAAAUGAAUAGCCAGCUGUUCGUGAGCACAUCUGUAUCCAUGCAGUUUAGUUGGGCUGCCGUCCUAUUGGCAGCGGAUCAUCUGUCUAAUCGAAUAAAUUGUUUUGUUUUAUCAA